AUGACCGAUCCCCCACCACCCUUCACGCCCGGCCCGGGUCAGCACCUGCACCCAUCCAGGCGCCAGUACCUCCGCUCUGACGAGCACUCGCCCACCCGUACCCGAAUCACCGACGACCUGCUGGGCCGUCUGACGCCCAUGACCGCCGUUGAAAUGCUUCAAACGCCAAGCGCCGAGCUAAAGCACUGCCUUGACAACUCUACUGUUGGUGAACAGGAUUUCGCCAUGCGCGCCGCCGUGGCCAACCGCAAGAUAUAUGAGUGGCUUGAAGAGCUCUCCAACUGGCCCUGGCCAACCACCGGUGGCUGUAUCGGCUUCGAAAUGCCGGACUCUAAGACAGGGAGAAUAGAUGACGCGGGAGUCUCCGAUACAGAGUACCUGGGGUGUCUGCCGGCCAAAGACGUGGCUCGGUACGAGCAGCGAGUGCACGGUAUUUCUCAUGACAUGGACGAGCUGCACAUUGAAGACAUAAAGACUCAUGUCAUGCACACACACAUCAUUCCGCUUUCGCGGCCCGGGACACCCAUAUUGGGUUCGCGGUCUGCUGCGACGACGGUACUCUCUUACAAUCGGAUGGACGAUUUGACGGCUCUUCUCACUGCCGUCAUCAUCCAAGCACUGCCGAAUCUAUCCAAGCUGUGUCGGCUGCUGAAAGUCUGGCAGAUUCGGCUUUCUAUUCUUCAUCGGAUACCUGGCUUGUUGGCCGGUAUCGCAGAGACCGAGUUCGCACUUGAUUCUGCGUGGAAAGUGCUCUCGUCUCCGACAGAGACGCCAGUUAACGACGCACCCGGAAACCAAGCGGACGACAACCUCUCCCGUCUCAAACAUGCUUUCGUUGUAGUCAGAGGCGUGCUGGAAAAGCAGAUUGCCAAAGCCGGCCGCAGUCUUGACUUUAUGCUUGACAGUCUGGAGGGGCUGCAAGACACGCUGCCCGACCACUGGCUUGAUCGCAUGGAGGCCGUUGAGCGGAAUUACGCCGAAUGGGUAGCUUGUGGCGAACAAAAGAUGCGACUAGGAAAGUGGCGCGAAAGGGCUAUCGCCGAAGUCAGGCCCGAAUCGACUGUGACCUUGGCUCUGCCAGUUGUCCAAGACGAUCCAAAGACUGUAACCUUGCCAGUGUCAAUUGCCGUUGAUCCACCGCAAGAGGAGACACAGCAGACCAGCCUCUCUGACAACUCCGGCGAGGCCACUCCAGAUCAUUCUGACAGCACAGACGAGGACGACACAAUCGAGCUGUCCCCGACACAUCCGCCCACCAGCAGUCUCGAUGGCUCCAGUGAGGUGCCAAAGCCCAAGCGAACCCCGUUGGCUGAGGUACGAAGCAACAGCGCCAAGAAGACCGGCCUAUCCCAGGGCAACAAAGAAUCCGUCGUGUCGAAGCUUAGGGCAGUUUUCGAAAACAACGCGAAAUCUGAGCCCUCGCCCCCCGCUGAUGACGUGGAGAAUAUGCCUGACACAUCAGAAUCCGAGGACGAGAUCCAGCUCCCUCCUUUGAUCCGUCCAGGCCGGCGCGGUAGUGACGCCUCGGAGUCGUCAACAGUCGUCAACGGUCACACCAGCCUGUUAGUAGACGCCUCUAGUGAUAUGCCUGAGGUCUCAGCAUCCCCGCCCCUGCCGCGUCAGAAGCGUGCCGAAGCCCCGGAACGAAAGUCCGCUGUCGACCGCUUCAUGAGUAUUAGUCCUCCCAGCUCGCCCCCGUUCCGACCCAGCUUCAGAGACCAUAGCGUGAGUCCGAUGAUGAAGCCCCAGGACGAGGGUCUGCUGCCGGCGCUGCCCUUGGAGUCAGCCUAUAUCGAAGAGGAUUAUGACCACUCAUUUAUCAGUGUGGGGACACCGAGAGAGUCCAACGCAUCCGACGAUCACCUUCGACAGCAAAUCAGCGACAUCCUAGAGUCCAUCCCAGCCAACAUUAAGUUGGCCAGGGCCACGCCCAAGGUCGACUUGAACCCCCCGCCGCCGGACCUGCCCGCGAAGCGGCUCAAGAAGCCUUCGCGGGAGGCUAUCCGACGCACGGGGUCCAGCAUGUCCAUGGCGUCUCGAGCAUCCUCACGCGCGCCCACGCCGUGGUUGACCCUCGCUCCGGCUUAUGCCAAGAACCCCAGACCAAGACGUCCCCAGAGCAGGAAUGACAUCAGGGUCUACCACCUAUCCCGCUCCACUGGCGAAGCUCCCAUCAAACUCUCCAUCCGCUGUGUCGGCGAGCACGGUGAGCGGGUCAUGGUGCGCGUCGGUGGCGGAUGGGCCGACCUUGGCGAAUAUCUCAAGGAGUACGCCACUCAUCACGGUCGUCGCUCUGCCGGCCCGUUGGAGACGGCCAAGGUCGAAGUGCAGGACUUGCCGCGCGCUAGCAGCCGCGCCGCCGCAAACUCGAGCCCUCCAAGCCGACCAGCGUCGGCCCUGGAGAUGUCCCCGAUGACGCCGCUUAACGUCCGAAAGUCUAGGAAGUCUUUUGGCGCAGGCGACGUCUCAGGCCCGUCGGUGCCAAGACUUUUGCCCAACACGCCGGCGGUCCCGCCGAUCCCGGACAAGUUUACACCGUCCUCGGAGGAUUCCAAUCGGUCGCGGUCUAGCUCUCACAUCAGCUGGGAGGAAGAGGAGAGCUCAUUUCUCGGGCUGGCCGGCCCAACGGGCCGUAAGGUGGAGAUGAGUGAAGAAAGCCGGGCGUGGGUGGAGAGCGUCAAGGAGAAGGUGCGUCUCGCUAGCGGCGAGGCGCGCAGGGCCUCUGAAUUUGGCGACAUGGGCAAGGUCGGGGGCACAAAGCGGCUUUUCCGGAAGGGUUGA